UUAAGCGCCGAAGGUCGACCUACAUACACAACUAAUGGCAGUAUAUAAUCUGACGCCGCUCUGGUAGUGUCGAUACGGAACACAGUUGUAUUUCCAAAAUUUAUUAGUGUUUUUAUUAAAAAAAAUUGUGAAAGCAAAAAGUACAAAAUGUCAGCAGAACCACCAACGAAAGAAGUCGAAAAUCUGAAGAUUGAAAACGGCGAUGCCAAAUCCGAAGCUGCUCCCGCCGUGACAUUCGAAGAGAACUUUAAAAUUUUCGCCAAAUUUGGCGAUCCAAAGUCGGAUGGAAAACAAAUUACAUUAUCCAAUAGUGAUAAAUGGAUGAAACAAGCGAAGGUGAUUGAUGGUAAAAAGGUUACCACCACCGACACCGGAAUUUAUUUCAAGAAACUUAAAUCACAAAAAGUAGGAAUUGUGGAUUACAAGAAGUUUUUAGAGGAUCUUGCUAAAAAUAAGAAAUUAGACUUGGAAGAAGUCAAGAAUAAACUCGCGUCCUGUGGACAACCUGGACAUCAUGGAGUGGGUGCUGUAAAAGCAACUAGUACAGUCGAUAGACUGACGGAUACAUCAAAAUUCACAGGGACCCAUAAACAACGUUUCGAUGAUUCCGGUAAAGGAAAGGGAAUUUCUGGAAGGAAAGACCUUCCUGAUGACUCAGGCUACGUGCAAGGAUAUCAGAAUAAAGACUCUUAUGGAAACAAAUAAGCAACUUAAAAACUUUAUGACUUUAUUUUUACCUUCAGAUAUUAAGAUAGAAACGUAAUCGUGUACACUUUUAUGUAAAAUAUGUUUUCAAGUGUUACACCGACACGCAAUAAAACAAUCAAAAUUUGUAAUUGUAUAGAUACAUUUAUGCAUAUUUUAAUAAUAAUCAGAUGAAUUUGUCGGUCUAAUAACUUGUAAAUAUUAUGUUCACGUAUUUUUAUAAUAUAAUACACGUUAACUAGAAGAUUUAUAGUUAUAUAUUGUGCAGUAUUUCUGUGUAUAUUUUUGUAAAUUAUUAUUCCAUUAUUAAGAGAUUUAAUUAUUUUAACUCGAAACCUUUUUGAGUUAUCUUAAAAUAUAUUAAAUAGAUUGAUAUCAUUAUAUGAUAAAAUAAAAUAUGUUAAAAUAUUA